UCCUACUCAGAAGUUGCCCAACUGGAGCGCCAGGGCUGUGGUGCGGAAGACUGGGCCAGUGUUCUCGUGGCCGAGAAGUUCAACGCGCGGCGUGUGCGUAACUGUGAAUUCCACGGACGAGUACGUCUGGGUGUGUUUACGGGUCGUAUCAACACAGGCACAAGCUACCUACCUACCGGCGUUUUCAGCACCGAUCUCAGCAAUGUGACUGUGGGGAACAACUCGCUGGUUACGAGGAAUUCGCAUGUGGCCAAUUGUGUGGUGGGUGAGAAUGUGUGCAUCAUUGGGUGUGGCGAGCUUGCCUGUACGGGCUCGACUACGUUUGGGCAGGGACAGGAGCUGCCUAUAGCGAUUGAGGUAUGA